AUGUUUCAACACAUACUGGUACUUUUUGCAAUCGUAUUUAUUAAUAUAGAAUACAGCAGCUCAUCGGACAUCACAAAGACUUUCUUCACUGAAUUGUAUGUUGUUCCAUUUCCAUCUUUGUUCGGUUCUGACGCGGAUGGCUCAUUUACACGACCUUAUGCGACACUUCAACAAGCACUCGAUCACAUUGAACAUGAUUAUAAUUGCAGAGAUGCUUCAUCACCACAAAAGACAACGAUUUAUCUGUAUCCAACGUAUUAUCACGCUGCACCUGUUCAUUUCCGAAAAAUCCACAGUCACACCCGAUUAACAACAAUGAAUAUUAAAGAUACUGUUUAUUACCGAAAAUAUCUCUCUCCAAAUCAUCCACAUCGUUUAUUGUCAAAAGCGAGUAUUAGUGGUGGAAUACCAGUUACUGGUUGGACGUCCAUAGGUAAUAAUGUCUAUCAGGCUACGGUUACCACAUCGGCGUUUAUUAAUCAGUUAUUUGUUAAUAAUCAACGUAUUCCUCGUACACGUACUCCUGUCGAUCCAUCAACGUAUCUGCAGUAUGACGCACCAUUAUCUGAUCCGAAUCAAGCACGAUUUGGUUUUCAUUAUGCUGACGGACAAUUCAAUUCCUCUUGGCCGUUGACGGAUGCCAUGGUUGUUGUCUAUCAUAGUUGGACAACCUCGCAUCAUUAUAUUGAUAAACUUGAUGCGAAUAGAACGAUUCUCUUUACAAAUCCAUCCGACCGUCCGAUUGGAGCAAUGGUUGCUCAAGGUCAACGACGAUUUCAUGUCGAAAAUAUGUGUAUAUCACCAUCUCCAAAUACAUUUUGUUUUAUCAGCGCAACAAAAACUGUCUAUUUGGCCACAGACGGUUCAUACGAUCCAAAUCAAUCGGAAAUUAUCGCACCGAUAAAUGAAACUGUGAUGUCUCUUGUUGGCGACGAUACAAUCAAUUCCAUCGAAGAUGUUAUCAUCGAUAAUAUUGCUAUCCAAUAUAGUGCAUGGAAUAUUGAUCGUACACAGCAAGCUGAUGCACAAGCAGCUUCUUUUCUCACCUAUGCUGCAUUGUUCAUCGCUAAUGCAACAUCUAUUAUCAUGUCCAACAUAGAAAUCAGUCAUACGGGUUCAUAUGGAGUAUGGAUUAAAGAAGGUACGAGUAAUAUUAAUCUACUCAAUUCGUUAGUAACUGAUACUGGUGCUGGUGGUAUUCGAAUUGGACAAAUGAUAGCACCAGUACCGACACCAACAACAUCUGUUCAAAUCUUAUCGAAUGAAGUCAGUUACGGUGGAAAUGUUUUCCCCAGUGGUGUAGGAAUUAUUAGCCAUCGAGCAACCGAUGUUACCAUUGUUGACAAUUUAAUUCAUCACCAUCGAUACACCGGUAUAUCAGUCGGAUGGCAAUGGGGUUAUGCAUCAUCGUAUACCAGUAAUGUUCUAGUCCAAGGUAAUUAUAUCUAUAACAUCGGACAACAUAUUCUUUGUGACCAAGGUGGUAUCUACACACUUGGUAUUCAACCCGGUACAAUCAUUCAUGGAAAUGUAAUUAAGAAUGUGUUUAGCUAUGCCAUGUAUAUGUGGGGCAUUUAUCUGGAUGAAGGUACAUCUGACAUCGUUGUUUCGAACAAUGUUGUCUAUAACACUGGUUGGGCUUCACUUUUUCAACAUUAUGGUGCUAAUAAUACAAUUAUCAACAAUGUCUUUGCACGUGCUUCACUCAGUCCACCGCCACAUCCUGGCGACCCAAGCACCGAUGGUGAUAUUCAUAUUGGACUUACCGAAAACCAUACAUCAUUCACAUUUCAACAUAAUAUCGUUUAUGAUACAUUUCUAAAUGGAAAUCAUUCAGCUUAUAAAUCUGACCAAGGUGCAAUUGCCUUUUUCAAUAGUAAUCUUUACUACAAUCCAUAUAAUACAACAUUACUGUUCGGAAAACAACAAGUAUCAUUUACAGAUUGGCAAAAAACCGGGCAAGAAAACAACAGUCUCAUUGCCGAUCCAUUGUUUACUGGCGAUGUUAACCAAUGUGACUUUUUUACUGUUCAAUUAAACAGUCCAGCAGCACAGAUUGGCUUCAAAAAUCUAACAAAACUUUCCAAAUGGACUCCUGGUUGUGAUAUGGAUGUCGAUCAAGAACCCAUCAAGCAAUUUUAUCGUUGGUAA